GGCUCCUUCUGAGUCUGUGUAGGGAGUAAAGCAGAUUGAUUUGGAUUAGUUUCAUUUUAUUUUUGAUCGUUUGUAUGAAUAUUUUUACACCGCAUUUUCCAUUUUUAGGGAUCGUGUUAUCCAGCCGUACAGUAGGUGGCGACAUGCAUAUCUACCAAUUGUUAUAAAUGCCAUUAUACCAGAGAAGAAGAAUCUCUCCAAAGAAUACGCAGUUAAUUAGGUUUACGCUGCUUGGCUCAUUCACUACAUGGGCUUGCAAUACAAUAAUAUCAAAUAUUAGCACUGUAUAUUUUGCCGUCGUGCAUAGCUGUCUUGUGUCUGUCCUCAGAAAAUGCACCUCUCUAUCCUACUGAGUGCCGUUCUCAGCAUCCCUGUCUCUUUGGGCUGGAAUGAAGACUUCCAGAUAGUGUGUUCUGGACAAGAGUUCCGCCUGCCGGUCUACUCAGGGUCAAGGAUUGUGACCUUUACCCCCAGCUACCCUCCAGGACCAAGAAGAGUGCUACUGGAGAAUAACAAUUUGAAGGACUCGCGGUUUAAGUGGACCAAAGAUAGAACAUUGCUGUUGAAGGACGUCACACACAGUGACCAGGGACUCUACUCUAUCAAGCUGUCCUCUGGAUUCACAGAUGAGACCGUUCGCCUCACUGUUUCAGAAUGUAUAAAAACUUUCCGACGGGGCUAUGGGGAGACUUUUCAGCACAACAUCCCUAAAGAUGGCUCCCUGCUGGAGUUUUCACCCCGGGGCUCCCGCCCUGAUUCCCAGCCUGUGGUACUGUGGAACCGGACAGACCUCGAGACCAGUGAGGCGGGCCGGGGGAGGCUGGGGUCGGACGGGAGGGUCUGGGUUGCAGAGAGGGUGACCCAGGCAGACCAGGGAAACUACACCAUCAGAGACGAGAAUGGGAAAGUAAUCUCCCGGAGCCAACUCACUGUCAAUGGGCACACCUUCAAUGUCACCCGCUUCUUCAAGGAGUCGCUAAACCUUCCCCUGUUUCUCCCUGUCCCUCAUGUCCACCUCAUUUUUACCCCCUCCCUGCACCCGUCCAACCCCUCCAAUGUUCCCCUUGACUCCCGGUACUCCCGCCCCGUGCAGCUGAUCAGGGACGGGCAUAUCGUGGAUCAGGACUCCCGGUACUGGGGCCUCAUCUCUCUGGGGAGAAAUAGGACUGUCAACGAGGUGGUCAUCACCAGGCUGAGUGCAAAGCAUGAUGGGAUGUAUGAGAUUCGAGAUCAGGAUGGCAACCUGGUGUCGUCUACCGUUGUCCAUGUGGUCGAUAAGACUGCUAGAUGGAGAGCGGUCCUCAAGUCCAUCAGCGUCCCUUCUGGCAUGUUUGUGACUUUGGCUGGUUUCAUCCUGUUUAUGAAGCGCUACCCUAACUGCAGCCUCACUAUGAUCAUCAAUGGCCUAAGAGGUCACCACACACCCGCAGCUAACCCGCCAAGAGUCAAUGUCCAGGACUACAGUCCGCCCAGCCCCCAGCCCUAUGGUUUUUACGGUCAUUCACAGCAGAUUGGAACGCCAAAAAUAUGGAGCCCCAGACCUACACAUUCUGGAUACACUCCUGUUGGGGACAGCGCACCACUUGUAGUGGACAGUGCACCACAGCCCUCCCCUGAGCCAGUGAGGACUGGGAGACAACAGGAGACAGACCGACUUAGAGUUGAGACUGCCACUACUCACACUCCCAGUAGAGAGGAGACUGCUGGCAGUGAGAGGGUGAUCUCCUUUUCUGUCGCUGGCGCCUCCGACUGCCUCCACUCAUCUGAAGACUGUUUUCAGUUCCGGAUCAAGAAAGAGGGAGUCGAGGAGAGAUGGAGGAAAGCAGAAGACUACUUCUCCACACUUCCACUGGACACGGAUACCUCGGAGACUUGCAGCGUCUACACUUCUGACAAACUCAACUUCUUAUAAAAGCACAGAGAAGAAGAGUGAACGCAGGUAAAGAAAGGGAGCAGAGAAAAUAGUGGAGGGAGAUAUGAUCAUAUAUAUAUAUUACUGUUCAUGGCUGAAUUUUGUCACUAUAGUGCCUAAUACUCAAUACUCAAAAAGUGCCUUCCUGUUUGAGUAUUGAGUAUUACUUCAUAUAAUGUAUGUAUGAUCAUUUCAUUAUCAUUCUUUUUAAGCAUGAGAUGAGAAAUAUCCUGCAUUUGGAAUAUCAUUAAUUUGUACGACUGGACAGUUAAUGUUCCUAGAACUCAACCCGACAAUUACUUUGCUGCUACCUACCUCGAACCCUCAGGACGACACAUUUUAACCAUAGAUGUCUGUAUAUUUACUGUAAUGUGUGUAAUUAUAUUGUUACAUUAGGAUGGUAGGCAAGGUUAAAGAAGAGAUGAGGAAUUGGAAGAUUUUGUAGUAGAUUAGUGAAUGGCCUCUCAAUCUAAAAGCAUAGCUAACUGCAUGUGUUACCUACUAUUAAUCCAAUGAAUGAACACAAUAAUAACCAAUUUAUCUUUUUUAGAUAACAUAUCGUUAAAUAAGAAAAUUUGAGUGAUUUCUAUAAAAUGGCAUCCAUAUGAGUAUAUGACUUAUUUUCACCAGGUAUUUACAUUGUAUGUAUUCUUUAUUGGCAUCAAUCUGAAAGUGUGUCAAUAUAUGAUUUGACAUCAUUUUCACAUCAUACUUUCCCAAUGUUUUCUUGUAUAUUAUUAACGUAUCAUUGGUAUGUGAGUCAAAUAAUGUUAUGUUGAUGAAGAAAAUAAAACUAGUUUAAUGAC